GCGGGGCUGAGGGCGGGGCCUCGGCGUCGAGCCCACCGGCGUCAUGGCGCGUUUCUUCCGAGCGCUCUGGGGUUGGUCCUCCCGAGAGGCACCUGGGCAGGCGGUGCGGGGCCAAGCGGGCGGCCCAGGGGCCGGACGCGGGGACGCAGAGUCUGUUACAAAAUGUGAGCCAUGUGGGCCAUCUCUCACCAAGACUGAGUGGCAAGAGAAGCUGACUCCAGAGCAGUUCCAUGUCACAAGAGAAAAAGGAACUGAACCGCCUUUCAGCGGGAUCUACCUGGACAAUAAGGAGUCAGGAAUGUAUCACUGUGUGUGCUGUGACAGUCCACUCUUCAGUUCUGAGAAGAAGUUCUGCUCUGGCACUGGAUGGCCUUCAUUUACUGAGGCUCAUGGCACCUUGGACUCUGAUGAAAGUAACAGUGGAAUCCUGAGACGUCUGGACACCUCCUCAGGAAAAACUCGCACAGAGGUGGUCUGCAAGAAGUGUGAAGCUCAUCUUGGCCAUGUGUUUCCUGAUGGACCUGCACCCACAGGACAGAGGUUCUGCAUCAACAGUGUGGCCCUGAAGUUCAAGCCAAGUGAACAGUGACAUCGUGACAUCUG